AUGUCUGAUAACGUAGCUCAUGCACUCAGCGGCGCAGCUGGUGGCAUCAUUUCUAUGGCCUUGACAUACCCUUUAAUAACAGUUAGUUCUAGGCUCCAGGUUCAAAAAGAUAAUAAAGCAGUGGAAUCCUAUAAGGGUGGAAGGGAUGCAAUUAUAAAAAUUAUAAAAAGGGAAGGUUUUAGUGGGUUAUACUCCGGGGUGAAUUCUGCCAUAUUUGGUAUUGCCAUUACGAAUGGUGUUUAUUAUUAUUUUUACGAGUGGAUCAAGGCAGUAUUUGAAAAGUCGGCAAAACAAAAACGUCCUAUAUCAGUCAAAGAAUCUAUGAUCUCUGGCGCUAUAGCCGGUGCUUUAACUGCUAUAAUCACAAAUCCUAUUUGGGUUGUUAAUACUCGUAUGACGACACGUAAAGAUUCGUUAGAUGAAAGCAUUAAAAGCGAAUCAGGUGUAAAACAAAUGAAAGCAAAAAGAUUGGGUACUAUUUCAACAGUUUUAAAAAUUAUUGAAGAAGAUGGGAUUCCGGCCUUCUGGCAAGGUGUUAUCCCGGCUUUGAUUUUAGUCAUCAACCCAAUUAUUCAAUAUACCUCGUUUGAGCAAUUAAAAGUACAAUUAGAGAAAAUCAAGAAAUUAGGGAACCUUGACUUUUUUUUAUUAGGUGCUGUUAGCAAACUCAUUGCCACCACAAUAACUUAUCCUUAUAUUGUUAUUAAAUCACGUAUGCAACUUCGUAAAUCUUCAAAAGAAAGUAGUCGAUACAAUUCAGUGAUGGAUGGUGUACGAAAAAUCGUUCAAAAUGAGGGUUAUAGUGUCGCUAUCAUGAGUUUCUUUACUAAAGCUGUUAGAACUGCCCUCAGUAUAAGAGCUCGCGCUCCAGCUCGUUGGUAUGCCACCGAGGCAUCGGGUAGCUCGUCUGGGUUGCGAUUAAGCUUCGUACUUCCCCAUCAGACCAUUUAUAAAAAUGUAGAAGUUCAACAAGUUAAUAUUGCAGCGACUUCUGGUGAUAUGGGUAUUUUGGCUAGCCAUGUACCUUCAAUUGAACAAUUAAAACCAGGUGUCAUUGAAGUAAUUGAAAAUGCAAAUACAACGAAAAAAUUUUUUGUUAGUGGUGGAUUUGCUAUAAUCAAUCCCAAUUCCUCGCUUGACAUUAAUGUCGUGGAAGCCUUUCCUUUGGAAGAAUUUUCACCCGAGGCAAUUAGAACAAAUUUAGCCGAAGCACAGCGAACUGCGACAUCCGGAUCUUCAGAAGAAGAAAGGAAUAUCGCAAAGGUUGAAGUCGAAGUUCUUGAAAGUUUACAGAGUGCAUUAGGCAAAUGA